CCUUCCCUGUCCUCUUCUCUUCUCAUACUAAACAUUGCACACAGUACAUCCUACACAGCAGAGGGAUGUGUGUGAGUGUAUGUGGGGAACAGGAACAGCAGGAAGAGAUGAUUCUGCCUCAGAUUCAGGAGGACUGGAUUGUGCAAACAGUCAAACUGACAGUCAGACCAGCGCAGUGGCAGUGUGGGACAGCGGGGGUUGUCUCGAGGAGGUGGGGUCUGUCCCAUGUGUCGACUGUCUGAUGGAGAGAAGAGGGGCACAGCACAGUGAGUAUGAAAGGACACAGAGUGCUACGCAGAGAGAGACUGCAGGCAUGCAGCGACACGGGGGAGCAUAUAUGUUUAAAGAGGCUGCAGCAGAGCGGGCUAUUGAUGAGGUGUGUUAAGAAUGAGAUCAUCAGAGACCUCAGGUUAAAGAUUAGUCAAGCAUGUGAUUGGACAGUACCUCCCGAAACCUACAGCAUGUGACUUUGCGGUGGAGUUUGUAGACUCUCGCCAUGCUCUCUCUUUGGAAUCUCUAUCUUCUUCUCCCGCUCUCCUUGCCUUUCUCACUCCAUGUCAUAGCCUUCACCGGAGACAAUGUCAAGAAAACCCAAGAGCCAGACACUGACACAGCCGUGCAGCGUCUCACACAGCCCCCACAGAGGCCUCGUGGAUCUGGUUCAACACCUGAGAAUCCCAUGUUUGGGUCAGAGAAUAUUGACUUCCUGGGUCUACCUAUGAGUUGGUCCCUAUCGUCAUCAGAGGAAUCAGACAGACAAGGUGUGAUCGGUGAAUACACUGAUUCAGAGGAGAGCACAGAGACAUCACUUUUGUAUCCUUAUGAGAAGGGACUUAUCAUAUCCAGGCCCUCAGAUACAGAAGAUGCCACCUCCAAGGAGAGUACACAGCCAUCACCAGGGGGAGUACCACCUCAACCUACCCAGGGACAAACAUUCAAGUAUCAGCCAGCUGAGAAAAGUGUUGGAUCUGUAUUGUAUUCCACACAGACUGGUGAGAAUCAGCCAAAUUUCCCAGCCUCUCAGAAUGAGACGACCGACAGCCAGUUACCAUUUCUUCCAUCUGGCUCGCUUCCACCAGACCAGGACUCCACUUCACCGCUGUCUGCUGGACCUGGGCCCAGCUCGGAGCGCCCCAUUCCAUCAGUCGCAAGUUGGAUAUGGAGCACAGGCCCUCCAGUUAUCACACCGGAGGCGACUGUCCCAGUGAAGGAGACCAGAGAUGGAUUGAUUGAUAUUACGGGUCAUAUUUUGCACAUAGGAGCUGUCAGCAUGGAUGCAGAUAAAGAUGACACCAAGGACGAUGACAGGCAACUCUCCCAGACCAGUGGUACACUCUUGCUUAAUGGCACCACAGACACAUCUGCCACACCCUGCAAAGCAUCAAACCAGUCCUGGACUCCCACUUACCCCGAUGAUUUUACCCCCAACGAGUCCCUACGCCCCACUCUGGCCCUCAGCGCUUCCCUUUUUGUCCCUCUUUACACAGACUGGAACUCUGCCCUUGCCACAUGGGGAUUUGCGUGGGAAGCACACAUCUAUGGCCUGGGGUCUGUCUUUACUGUAUUUGGCCUAAUCUCUGUGGUCUGCCUGCUAGGCCUGCCCCUGCGCUGUCCCCCGGGAAGCCCCUAUUUCACCCUACUGCACUUGUUCCUCCUGGCAUUUGCAGGGAUCCAAGCUUUCUGUUUGCUCUAUGACGCUUACAAUCACCAAGAUCGUCUCCCCCCUCUGGGCUCUCUGCUGCUCUCUGAGCUGCCUUUCCCUUGUUUGAUCUCAGCCUUCUCCCUUGCCUUCCUCCUUCUUUCUUUGCGUUCACGCAUGCAUCUUUCACUCCGACUUGCUAAUUCCACCUCAUUUUCAGCCUUGCCCAAACCUUGCCUGUUACUGUGUAUGUCCCUGUUGUAUUCUGGGGUCUCUCUAGGGUGUGUUGGCAUGCUCCAGCUCUUCCACAGCCUCCCCUCCAUGAUCCUGCUAUUCCCUCAGGGUGUGUUUGUGUGUCUCACUGUCUUUCUCUCAUGCUCCUACCUCAUCUUCUACUGCUUAAUGCAAUUCAACACGAAACACAUCUACAGGCUGAAUGACAAUGGAGAGAGCGGAGGAUCUCCUGAAGUGACACGACCUGCAAGUUGCCCCUUUGCUAAAGUGGAGGACUGGGGCAGGGCAGCAGGAGCGGGAGUAGGGGCUUCGUUGUGUUUGCUAGGAUGUGGAGGCUUCCAGUUUUAUGGGAUCUUGCAUGCCCUUGGUUUGGGUGGGGUUGAUGGCUAUGGUUUCCAGCCCUGGCCCUGGUGGGGCUAUCAGGUAGGCUGCAGGAUCUGUGAGAUUGGUGUGUGUCUGGGUCUGUCUCUCAUUGGUACACACCCACUAUUCUGUCAGAACAAUUCCUCUAUCAAGACCAUAACUCAUCCUCGGCCAGGAUCUUGGUCCCGCCUCUCAUGCAGCUCCCCCUCACGAGGGCUAACCCUGCCCUCUCAGGGAGGUGCAGAUUCUUCUGUCCUCUCCUCUCAUGAUUCUUGGUCCCAGGGUAAGCAGGAAAAGCUGGUGGUCUGUGAUGUCAUCACUAAAGGACAGUCGGAGGCCCUUCCUCUUUUCUCAAUGGUGGAUCCUCCUGGAAAUGGGCAAGACUGUGUCCCCAAGGCCAGCCAAACUCGGAGCACUGUACUACCUCUCCCUACACCCCCAAGCCCACCGCACAAACCAAAAAAUGCAGCUGAGUCUCAGCUAUCAUCAUUCGAUAGCCUAGGACUGGAGACUGACUCUACUGUGGAUCUGCGGCCCCCAUCUCCCAUAGAUUUGUCCCGCAGCAUUGACCAGGCUCUUUUCAAUGAAUCCCUAUUCUCUCAUAGUAUCUUUGGUUUGCCAAGACUCUUCCAUGCUUCCUCCAGCCACUCUUUGAGCUCUCCUAACCAGGGUGGGUCAAAGCAAGGGCCUAGCUCUGUGGAAAAUGCCCUAUACCGAACCUCUUCCUGUGGUGACAUGGAUCAAGAGAAUGCCCUGUCCACUUCAAGACCUUCCCAGCCACAUGGUGCUUUGAUGUCUCACAGCAAGUCACCAGUGUCACCAGAGCAAUGGGAUUGGAAAGAAAGUGUCUCUGGCUCAACCCAGGGUCUGUGCAGCAAUCCCAAGGAGACAGGAAAGCUGCGUUCACAUUCCUGGGCCAACAGAGGUCAAAACUUUGCCCAGAGCAGCCUCCCACGAGCAAUCCCUCACUUGUCUUACCAUAGGCGUUACCGAACCCUGAGCUUAGCCUCCCAGGACAGUCGCGGAUCCAGCCGGCUGGCAGGGACUAAACACCUGAGUGAAAGCAAACAGCUGGAAUGGGAUCUGGCUGUACAGGCAGAGUUUGUUAAUGUGUGCAGACAAAUUGACACUCUGAGUGUUUGCAGUGACACCAUUGAACUUUAGAAAGCAAUACAAUUCUAGUUGUGGUUAAAAUGCACAUGACAUUGUACAGAAAUAUCAGACUCUGACAACAUGGUCUCAC